AUGAGCUGGAUUGAGAAGAGAAUCCGGGAUGAGGGACCCCUGCCUGUGCUUGGAUUUCAGGCUGAGCAGUACACUGAGGCCAGUGCCAAUCGGCCUCCUGUUCACAGCCCUCCUCUUGGGGUCGAGGCUUUGAGGGAAGCAGCAACUGCAGUGGAGCAGGAGAAGGAAGUGCUUCUGGAGAUGAUUCACAGCAUCCAGAACAGCCAGGACAUGAGGCAGAUCAGCGACGGGGAAAGAGAAGAAUUAAAUCUGACAGCAAACCGUUUGAUGGGACGGACCCUCACUGUUGAAGUUUCAGUGGAGACAAUUAGAAGUCCACAGCAGCAAGAGUCCCUCAAGCAUGCCACGAGGAUCAUAGAUGAGGUGGUCAACUUGAAGAGUGGUGAUCCUCCAUCUCCAAGGUCUCUGGUCUGCACUGCCUUUGCCCUCUGAUCUUCCAGGGUGAGCCACAUUAUUGAUGACUGAUAAUAAGAGCAUUGAGGUGUAGGUUUUACCCAUCCCAAUUUCUGUGCACUUCCCGGACGGUAGCUG